AUGUGGGGCACCGCACUUUCCCUUUCGCCGAGGGACGAUUCGCUUAUGGAUGACUUUGACGCGAAGCUUGUCCCGUGCCUCAUGCUGUUCGCAAACGGGCAGCCUCGGUUCCGACAGUGGGGCUGGGAUCAUGAUGAUGUUUUCGACUUUAUGCGAACGUUUGACACCAUGGUCCUGCCGGUUGGGUACCUCUUCAGGAAUUACUACUGCCUGCGCAGUCUCUACAAGUUUGGCGUCCGGGCGCUCCUGAAGACGCUGAAGUUUGAUGCGGAACAUCCGCUACAAGUUUGGUUGCCUCAACUCCUGGCGCCUUUGAUCUUGCUGGCGCUGAUGCUUCUCGUGCUGCUCGCAAGGUGCCUUCUCGCAUGCUGUGGGUGCUGCAAGUCCAGCAAGGUGGCAGACAUGAAGGGUGACAAGAAGAACUCGCCCACAGGAUGGCGAAAGCGCUCCUCGUGGGCUGAGAAGGCAGAGGCUGAAGAUGGCGGACACUGCAUGCUCCUCAUCCUUGUCCGGCACCUCACCGACGAGAACUUCACUGUUGCUGUCGUUAACACCGGCGACGGCUUGCAGUACCAUCCACUCCGUGCCAGCGGAGAGGCACCGAGUCCCGAGCUUGCCACGCGGCAGUGCCCCCUCGUCUUGACAGAUGUUCCUGCCAAGCGUAUCACCUGCGGAACGUUUUGGUAUCUUCUCUUCCGGCAGUUUGUGCGGCCACAAACUUCAAACGGCCCGCAGCUUUUGUACAGCACGCUGCUGCCAAUGCUGAAGAAGCAGCCCCUGGCGGCAGACUUUGGUGUCGAGCCCAGUGGUUGGGUAGAGUUUUGUCCGGUGCCGGUAGCCGGAGAUGGAUCGUUCAUGAUUUGCUUGCUGCGGGCCGUUCGCUUCUGCUUACGGGCCUGCGGCGCCACAGAGGAGACCGCAGCCUGGAGCCAGGUGCAGUGCCAGCGCUAUGCCCUCUCCGCCAUGAGCCGAGCGCUUGGCUCGUCGGCGACCUGCCUCGGGGCAGGGGAGCUUGCCAUGGUUCGAUGCGCCACCGUUUCCGUGGCCCGUGCGGCUGCAUGCCAUGUCGACCGGUUUGGCGAGAAGUUUCGCAGCUGGGAGUUGGAUGCUGUACGUCAGCUGGUCCAAAGAGUCCAGGACGAGUGUUGGAAGCGAGAGAGUUCCGAGCGCGAUGCUCGUACAGUUUUACCACCAGCCUGCCCAAUUGAGGUGGUCUCAGGCGGGCGGCCUGCGCAUGAGCUGCUGUUCAACGAUUUCGAGCGGCUGCUGGAGGAGGAUGUCGAACACCUCAAAGGGCAGGUGGAUCCUCCUCGUGUUUCCGUUUCAGUUCCUACCAGCGAGCUGCCCGUGGCGGUGCGCAAUCCUUUUGAAGCUUCUGACUGCUGCCGUUUGGCAUCACACCUGCUGACCCUGCUCUGCAAUCAGUCGGAGCACAUGUCGCAAUCAGCAUUGACCAGAUUUGCAUUGAUAGCGCGACUACUGACACAGAUCCUGCCAAUGCCACUACCUCUAGAUCAUCCUGGGAAGGACACGCGAUGUUUCUGGAUGCAGGAGAUGAAGCAAGAGACCAAGGCAGACUUGAUGAGGCAUCUUUACCUCAUUGCGCGGCACUUUGCAGCGGUUUGCUUCGCUUUGCGAGCAAGCCGAGAGACCGAUGGUGCUCGGGCGCCUUGCACGUGCUUUCUCAAAGAGAUGGGAAAAUGA